GAUGACACUCAUCACUAUAAGCUUUUUCUUACAUAAUGUUUUGUCCCUAUUUUGUUUGUAGGUACAGGGCCUAUAUGAUUGGUGGUAGGUACCAGGGUAGCGAAAUUUCUUCUUUUUCUAGCUGUGAUGCAAAGCCAAGCAAUACUGUGUGUGGGUGGUCACCUGCACCAUCCCAUACCUCAACCUGCCACAAGAAGUGGGACUACAUGAAGAUCUUCGCCUGCAUCAACUUCGCUGACUUCGUGCUGCCAUAGAGGAUCACUUCGGCGGGCUGGAGCCCCUUGAGCCGGAGAUCACGUCGCCGUUGAGCUCGAGGUCCAAGUCAUGGCGGAGGAGGAAGGGAAGGUGCUUGCGCGCAAUACGCGACGAGGAGAAGCUGUGGAGCUGGGCCCUGAUGCCAGCGAGGCUGCUGGCGGUGGGCUGUCCGCCAUACCUAUCGCUGUGUCGUGGCCAUGGCCGGGAAGAAGAGUUGGAUGGCCCACCUGUUUGGGAGAGAAAGAGAGAGGACAAUAUAGAAGGAUAAAAGCUAAUGUGUGAACUGGCGCCACGUCGUAUGGGUGAUGUGGACCAAAACUGGGUGGUAUCCGAGGGGGCUAAUCUGCACGGUUUAAAUAGUUAGUUUGUGCAGGAUGUCCGGUUUUGUAGUUCCGAUCGUGGUAGUUCAAUCCUGAUCGUGGUAGUUCAGUGUUGAAAAACGAACUUUAACCUUACUAUAAUAACUAUGUUACAUAUCUUUUGUGUGAAAUAUAUAUUUUUUAUUUUAGAUUAUGGAUCAUGUGUUGUUUUUUAUGUUUCAAAUUUAUUCGUGGCGUUAGCACAGUCAUGCUUACUAGUAUAUAGGAGUUCCUCAAUAGGACUGCUAAAUAGGCUUCCACUUUUAAUCCAUACAAGUAAAGAGGAACCCAAGAAACUGAUCAGAUCGGAAGGACGAAAAACAAUGACUUGUAUAUAAUAUUUAAUGCAUGGGGGUAAAUGAUAUUGUAAUUAAUGUGCUCUAUGAUAUACCGCUAGUAUUUUUUUUGGGAAAAACAGUGACUAUAGUCGAAUAUCAAAUGCAUCCAUGAGGGACCUUGAUGCGAUGCACACAAACAAAAAAAAUGGGUCUCUUUUACAUGAUUUACUUGCAUGAUAUGCAGUCAAAGUGUUGUGUGAGUGUAGCUUGGCUGAACUUUGUUUUUGAACUGAAUACAUACAUUUUGUCGGUACAAGUAUAUAGGCGGCGAUGCCGCCAGCCUCAAUAAUGAUUAUACCGUUGAAUGCGAGUUAGAUAUGAUCUGAACUAGGUAGACCUUAGCUAGUAAUUAUACUAACUCAAAACUAGCAAACAGAACAACCUAAUAAAACCUUAGAAAAGAGAAAGUUCACGGCAAGAGCAACUAGCUAGCUAAGUAUACGUGCUCGCAGCGUUGAAGUGCAAGACAUGAUUGCCACGUUCGCUAGCUGCUUCUGUGUCACCGGAAAUUGAACAUAGGUCUCAAUAAUGAUCGUCCCUCGUGCAUGAACCUCCGACUGAACAUGCUGAAUUGCUGAUUAUAGUCUAUAACUGGCAUGAAUAAACGAGUUUACUAACUAAUCGCAGUUGGCCGCCGUUGCUAAUGACUUCUCUCUCUCAUCUCAUUGAUAGGCACUAACGCACUAUAUAUACCAGCCUAGUUUCCUGGGAGAUCUCACACACACACACAGCACAGGGACUGGGGUCGAUCUGGAUAUAGCUAGAUCACCAGCAAAAAAGCUAGCCAAACCUUCGCAUCUCCAUUUCUGCGAGAAAAUGAAGGUGUCCGCUGUUGUUCUGGUGCUGGGGGCCUUCCAGGCCGCCGCCGCCGCCAUGGUGCAGGCGACGGCGCCGCGCACCCCGACGGUCGGCUACUACAACGACAAAUGCAACGGCAGCGUUGAGGGUAUCGUCAGAGAUACCGUCAAGGCGGCCCUCAACGCCGACAUUACCAAGGGUGCUGCACUUGUCAGGCUGUUCUUCCAUGACUGCUUCGUCAGGGGUUGCGAUGGUUCUGUCCUUCUGGAUCCGACGUACGCAAAUCCCUAUCCAGAAAAGACGUCUGGCGCCAACAUCGGUCUCCGAGGCUUCGACGUGAUCGACGCCAUCAAGGCCAACCUGGAGAGCGCCUGCCCCAGCACCGUCUCCUGCGCCGACAUCCUCGCGUUCGCGGCCCGCGACGCGUCGAGGUACCUCAGCAACGGCGGCAUCGACUACGCCGUCCCGGCCGGCCGCCUGGACGGCGUCGUCUCGUCGGCCACGGACGCCGAGAACAACCUCCCGGGCUCCACGUUCGACGUCGCCAAGCUCAUCAGCAACUUCGCCGCCAAGGGCUUCACCCCCGAGGAGCUGGUCAUCCUCUCCGGCGCGCACUCCAUCGGCCGCGCGCACUGCUCCUCCUUCCGCGACCGCCUCUCCGCGCCGUCCGGCGAGAUCAACCCCUACUUCCGCGACAACGUCCUCGCCAAGGACUGCGGCGCCGGGCCGGCGGCGGACCCGACGGUGGAGAACAACAUCCGCGACCAGAACGCGACGGCGCUGGGGAACCUGACGAGCUACGUCGUGCCGGCCAGCGGCGGCGCGUCCCUGGACAACAGCUACUACAUCAACAACCUCAACAACCUGGUGCUGUUCCACUCCGACUGGGCGAUCGUCGGCAGCAACGCGACGAUGCGGCACGUCCACGAGUACGCCGACAACGGGACGCUGUGGAACCUCGACUUCGCCGACGCGCUGGUCAAGCUGAGCAAGCUGGCCAUGCCGCCGGGGAGCACCGGGGAGAUCAGGAAGACGUGCCGUGCCACUAACUACUGAUCACCACGGCACCACCGACGGGGCUAUGCUACAUCUGCGGAUGGCAAAAAAACGUUAAUAUUUGAAUUAAUUGCUGAAGAAACAACGUUACGUUCAUGUAUCUCUUGCAGGAGGUAGUUCAUAGUUGGGUAAUUUUUCUGCAUUCAAGGUUGCAUGAUUUUUGUUUUGUUCAUUCAGUUUUGCUGAUAAUUGGUGGUGUGUUUUGUAAUUUGUACCUACAUCUGUCGAUUUUUUUUUAAAAAAUAUUUAUUGUCAA